AUUUUCGCAAUACACGGUUUGGAUAUGCUGUGGGGCGCACCCUCUAUGGGAAGCAGAUGCGAAUUCUUCCUUGCACGAAGUUAGAUACGGUGCACGAAGGCAGAAACAACUCAAACAAGUAAAUAAAUAAUAAGGCCCAAUAAAUAAAAAAAAAGGUACAGUGAUUGCAGUACUCCCGCUACAUCAACAGAUUUCCCGCGACAGCUGAUUGCUUGGAGAGUUGGAGCUUGAAGAGAAAUCCGUACCGCAGUAGGUUUCCGAAUCAAAGAGAAAGGGUAAAAAGUAGACAGAGGUCGAGAAUAGCGGAGAAAAGAGUUCGCAAGCUGCUUCUUCUUCUUCCUGUUCGGCUUCAUAUCGGAGUUUAAAUUCUCUGUUUGUCGACAAUGGGAAGAGGAAAAUUCAAGGGCAAGCCUACGGGUCGAAGGCAAUUCUCAACUCCCGAGGAGCUGCUUGCUGGCACGUCGACUCGCCCUCGCACUUUUAAACAAGAAGAAGCCGAAGAGGAGGAGGAAGAAGAAUCUGAAGAGGAGAAAUCUGAAGAAGAGCCUGAGAAACGAAAAGGUGCACAGGGUAUUAUAGAGAUUGAGAACCCUAAUUUGGUAAAACCAAAGAAUUUAAAAGCUAGAAAUGUUGAUAUAGAGAAAACAACUGAACUCUCAAGGCGCGAAAGAGAAGAGAUAGAGAAACAAAAAGCUCAUGAGCGAUACAUGAGGCUGCAGGAACAAGGAAAAACAGAACAAGCAAGAAAAGAUUUGGAGCGUUUAGCCCUUAUACGCCAACAACGGGUGGAUGCUGCUAAGAAGCGAGAAGAAGAGAAAGCUGCCAAAGAACAGAAGAGGGCUGAAGCUCGUAAAUGACAUCGAUGCUGGAAAAAGAUUAGGUGAAGUAAGCUGUAUUGCCCACUGCAAGAAAUAUACUCGUUAUGGCCAUCUGAUUCACUAGUUAUUUACUCGUCAAGUAAUUGUCUAUGCGAACAAACAUUCAUAAAUGUGGGAACUGUUUACGAUCAACAUUCAACCUUGUUAUUGUGCCAAAAUGUCCACCUUUUUUGAGUUGUUCUCUUAAUCAAAUGGAAUCCAAAUUGAAUGAUUUCAGUC